AGUAAAAUUUAUAGAUAGCUGAGAACAGAUACUAAAUUAAGUUCAUAUUAUAUUAGGAGUAUUGUGAGCAAGAUGCUUAUUAACGUGAUAUUAAUGUGUAUGGUUUUCAACACUGCACGGGGUUUUAAUCUGCCUAAGCCCCAGCGUUCAGACGAUGUAGGGGAAGUGAUACACUUUGGACCUUGCAGGAAAUGGAUUAAAUGCAUUUCAGGAGAUAAAGAGAUAAAUGAUGAAUAUGAUGCAUGUGUAAAGAUUACACCAGAAGAUAAAAUUUUGAAGGUUGUAAAACGGGUGGCGAGUUAUGCCUCGAAAGAUUGGCCAGACAUGAAAGCAGCGUUCAAUGAGAUGUGCAAAAUGGAUGGAGAAGAACAGGAAGAUAUUAUGUUCGAAGUUACUCGGAGUGCAGUAGAGGAAUAUUCAGCGACGUGUGCUGAUAUGAUGCAGGCUGAGGCAUGUCAGAAAAUGACGGAAAUGAAUGAUUGUGGUGCUGCAGUUUUAAAUAGAGUUCAUUUUGAAGGCAAAUGCUGAAGCAUUAAAUGCUGUCAAGAUUUCGAAUAUUCAGGAAUUUAUACAUUUUUAUUUUUUAACUGAAAUAAUUUUAAUUAUUUUAUAAAUGUUGAACUACUGAAGUAGCAAUCAAAUUGUUUUGAAGAGAAAAAUAAAUAUUUUCUUUAUUAUAAAAUAAA